AACCAUUCUAUGAUUCUAUGCUAUAUCUUGGUACCACCACGACCAGUGAGCUUUUUUAUGGUCCCCAUUUGAUUUCCAGUGGGGAUGCUACUGUGACAAAGGACGCUCAGCCCUGGCUCUCGGUACCUGAAGACUGAUGCUUUUCCCUCUGCUGGGUCCCUGAUGCCUCCCGGUUGAUGUGAGCUUCUCUGGGCACUUUGAGCAGCACUUUAGCCAGGGUGCUGCUGUCAUACAAGACUUGCUGUAAUGAUUUUACUGUGCUGGAUACCUGGGCUGCUUCCAGAAGCGGUGUUUAACGCUGGGAAGGGAAAACAUUUGGCCUCUGACCCAAGCGCCUGUUAACAAUGCCGCCGUCCAAGUUUCUGAGAUGCCAGGGCUAAAAACAGUCCGGGUGACUCAGUCUCUCGUUGGUGUUGUCAACUGAUCCCAGCUUUUAUUUGCCAAGUCCCUCCACAUUCUCCUUCUCCCUUUCAGGGCUGCGUGCUCACAGGGAAGGUGCCUCUGACCAGGGCUGCGGUGGCUCUGGCCAUCUACUUGCCCGACCCAUCUCCUGCCCGACCCAUCUCCUGCCUGCUGGGUUGCUCUCUGAGGUUGGAAAUAGGGCCAUCCCACAAUUUCUCACCACUUCAUCCUCAUCCCAGAGGGGUGUAGGCUGAAUGGAACAUCUGGAGCCUCUGGUUCAGUCACAGGCAUGACCAACAUUGGUGUUAGAUUGGGGUCUCCAAGGAUAGAAGUUGCUCUGCUGGCUUUCUUAGAGUUGUUGAGGCUGGAAAAGAUCUCUUAAGAUCAAGUCCAACCAUCAACACAACACCAACGUGUCCACAAGGGUGUUUGUCUACCCUUCUGGUGAGGAAUCCCAUCCUAAUUCCCUGGGUUGACCCUGUUCCCCUGCCCCUUUCUGGGGCUGUCAAUCACUGUGCUUCUCCGCUCGCUGAUGAAGAUGAAGGACACCGUCCUUCCUCCCGCUAGGUGCUGGCGUUAUCUGACUCUGACACCACGGGUAUGUUGGCAUGGCAUAAAUCACUCCUGUGGUGGCCUUGCCAAGUCAGGGCAAGCACCCCAAGGGAGAGGCUGUGGUCCCAGCUGCGCGGGAGCUGAUGGGUGCCAGCCACGUUGCUGGCGGGGUGGCACAGCAGCGGCUCGGCAGGCUUCCCUGGCGGGGAUCUUGAUCCAUUUGGGGUGCACGGGGAGGUGCCACGGUGCCCUCGUGGGACGGUGGCACACCCAGCAAUGGGUGCAAAGGGGAUAUGAUGCAAAGCGGCUUUGCACAACGGGGGCGUGGGGGUUCCCCGGCACCUUGCCAGCUGUGUGGGAUGUCACGCAGGCGUCCUUGUCAUCCCCCGGCUUUGCCAUUGCCAUCCUGGCUGGUGCCAGCCAACACUGGCAUCGCUGUCCUGGUGAGGAUGAGCUGUGGGUGCUGGAGGGAGCAGUGUGUGAGGCCGGAUCCGGCCACCUAAUGCUGGUGCUUGCUCUGCACCCACUCCAAGCACACGGAGUAUGAGGGAUCCUUGCGUGCCAUGUCUCCUGGAGGGACAAGGGACACCUUUUAUCCCUCUGCGGAUUUGCAGGCUGGGAUGUCACCGCAGCAGCACUGCAGUCACUCUGCCAGAAGCUCUGGACCAGCCGGGUGGCCCGGAAGGGACGCGAUGGGGCAGACCCAGCCGGGGCUCAAGCACCGCAGAGAGCCCGGCUGAGAUGGCAGCAUCUAUUUUUGCCACGCUUUUUCUCAGCUUGAUUGCUAACUCCUGUGUUGCAGUGCGCAAAACAAGCAGGUUUGGAGGUUUUUUGCAACUUCCCUCCCUCUACACUCUGCGUGGCUGCUGUGGUGUUAAAAGCAGGGUGCUGAAAAUGAGGAAACGCGGGGCUGGCGCAGGAGCCGAGCUGGCCUUGGCAAGGAGCACCGAGGAGCUGUGACCUGCUGGCCCCAGUGCCCGGAGUCCCCCCUGGUCCUGACAUCCUGCAUCCAGGUUUCCCCUCCGUGCUCAGUGGGUGCUCACGUUCUGGUCCCCCGGUGCACCAUGGCGUCCCGCAUCGGCCUGCGGAUGGAGCUGAUGAAGCAGCAAGCGCAGCAGGAGGCGGAGAGGGAGCGCAUGCAGCAGCAGAUGAUGAUGAACUACAUGCAACAGCAGCGGAUGCCGGUGGCCUCCACCCCGGCCAUCAACACCCCUGUUCACUACCAGUCUCCACCACCUGUGCCUGGAGAGGUCCUCAAGGUCCAGUCCUACCUGGAGAACCCCACCACGUACCACCUGCAGAAAUCACGGGACAAGAAGGUUCAAGCUUAUCUCUCCGAAACCUAUGGGAACAAGUUUGCUGCCCACGUCAGCCCCGUCAGCCAUUCUCCCAAACCACCCCCUGCUGCGUCGCCUGGCGUCCGACCCAGCCAUGUCAUGUCCUCCUCGGCGGGCAACAGCGCACCCAACAGCCCCAUGGCCAUGCUCAACAUCGGCUCCAACCCUGAGCGGGAGUUUGAUGAGGUGAUCGAUGACAUCAUGCGCCUGGAUGAUGUCUUGGGCUAUAUGAAUCCUGAAGUCCACAUGCCCAACACACUGCCGAUGUCCAGCAGUCACAUGAAUGUCUAUAGCGGGGACCCCCAGGUGACAGCUUCUCUUGUAGGUGUCACCAGCAGCUCUUGCCCCGCCGACCUCACCCAAAAGAGAGAGCUGACAGAUGCUGAGAGCAGAGCCCUGGCAAAAGAGCGCCAGAAGAAAGACAAUCACAACCUGAUCGAGAGACGGCGAAGGUUUAACAUCAAUGACCGCAUCAAAGAGUUGGGGAUGCUGAUUCCCAAGGCCAAUGACCUAGAUGUGCGCUGGAACAAAGGAACGAUCCUGAAGGCGUCUGUGGACUACAUCAAGAGGAUGCAGAAGGACUUGCAGAGGUCACGAGACCUGGAGAAUCAUUCGCGCCGUUUGGAGAUGACAAAUAAGCAGCUACUGCUGCGCAUUCAGGAGCUGGAGAUGCAGGCACGCGUCCACGGGCUGCCCACUUCCUCGCCCUCGGGCGUCAAUGUGGCCGAGCUGGCUCAACAAGUGGUCAAACAAGAAGCCGUCGGGGACGAGGGGACGCUGGAGCCGCUGCUGCCACCCCCAGACCCCGAAUCUCAGGCGCAGCCAGCACUGCCUCCACCACCCCAGUCUCCCUACCACCAGCUGGACUUUACCCACAGCCUGAGCUUUGAUGAUGGCUCCCAGGGUUUUCCAGACAGCCUGGAGCCCUGCCACAGCGCUUCCUUCCCAUCCCUAUCCAAGAAGGAGCUGGACUUGAUGCUGAUGCAGGACACCAUGCUGCCCCUGGCCUCUGAUCCCUUAUUCUCGGCCAUGUCCCCGGAAGCUUCCAAGGCCAGCAGUCGCCGAAGCAGCUUCAGCAUGGAAGAUGCAGACAUGCUGUGACGAGGAAGCUGCUCCAACACUGGGAGCGAGGACUGGACCUUCAAGUUUGGUUAGUGAAGUUACAGGGCGCUCUUCUUGCUGGAAGAGCCCGUCCUGCCGUGCACUUGAAUCUACGUAGGAGUUCCUUUUCUCUAUGCAACGGGAGUCUCGGAUCAAGGCUCGCUGGGUACCGCUGUGUCUUUUGCAAGCUUUUCUUUGCCAGGAGCUGGAGCGAACCUUCUUGGCUUGCCAUGGCGUUGACCUGACUGCAGAUUCCCUAUCCUGGGAGCGUGAUCUCGGCCGCUUUGCCUUUCAGCAAAACCCUAAUGGAUUGAAGCCCUUCCCCAGGGUGAUAGCUCGGAGCUGGAGCGGGCAGGAGCCUUCAAUUCCGGGGAGGAGAGGGAUGAUGCUCAAAGAGCUUUUUGUCAGGCUUGUUGCCUCCUUGCUGCCCUGCUCCGGGAACCCAUGUCCCCAGUGAGUCUUCCCCAGCAGUGGCCUCCAAGUCCUGUGGAUGCUUCAUGAUGCCAAGUCCUUCACGGUUCCUCCUUCCUCGGUGCACCCGUUGCCUCUCUGUGUUGCAGGGCAGGAGGGAGAAGAGGUGCUUUACUUGGAGCAAGUUAAUUAAUGGGGCACAGGGGCUGUUGUCUGAGUGAGUUGGGUCUGAGGCUACAAAUUCGAGUCAACAUUGAGUACUUCCAAAACAGCCAGGACAGGGUGUUUGAUGCUCGGUCAGCCCCCUGCUGUGAUCCGCACCUCAGAGUUUGGCAGCACCCACCACCCCAAAACCUCCCUAGCCUCUGGACAAGGGCUGCGUGGUGCCAAGUGACCUUCAGCCUCCCUCAAGACAUCCCCACAGAAGUGCUUCUGCCCCGUAACGCCAAGCCCCAGCUCUUUGGGUGGAAGGACAAAGGGAGUUUUACACCUUUUUUGGGGGAUACUUGUUGAAAGCAGAUGUCCUGCCCCACAAGCUGGGCAUGAAGGUCCAGGCUUUGGCUGGGGACCAGGAGCUGGUUUAUCCUGAUGCCAAACCUGAGCUGCCACUCUGCUUUUGGCUCUUGGGAGUUUCUUUUCCCAUUGUCACCAGCUCAUUCCCCAGCCAGGAUAGCUCGGUGACAGGGAGCUGCUUUGAGCUUUGCAUCAUCUUCUGCCUCCUUUGCCCCACUGGUGGCAGGGAAGGAGCUGAGCAGGGGAAGGGGAUGCUGUUCACAGGGAGAAUACUGCACAAAUUUGUUGUAAAGCCCAAAAGGGAGCAUGGGGAAGGCUGGGGAGAGGAGAUCUCUGUGAUUCUGCACUAUCUCCUGGGCCGUGGGAGCUGUGGCUGCCUGGCUGGAGCCCGUUCGGAGAUGGGGGCCACUGGGUGCACCCCAUCCUGGACCAAGGAUGGGAAAUGUUGUGGGGCAGGGACUGCAAGGGGCAAGCGCAGCUGGCCCUACUGCCAAGGAAGGAUGAGCUUGCUCUAUUGUUGCUGCUUUUGGGAUUGUGAGAUGGGGGACAGCUCCGGUGCCCCCUUGGAGAGAUGCCUGUUAGAUGUGAGGGUGUGGGGAAGUGCAGAAGGUGGGGAGGAGAUCAGGAAAGGAAGAAAGAGGGAGGACACGUUGGAGGUGUCCUGGAGAGCUGGGGCAGGGCAGGGUCUGGCUGUGGCCCCACAGGGAUGCAGGGAAGAGAGUGGAGGGGUUGGGGACAAGGGGCACUGGGCUUUGCCCUGGCAGGUUGGGGCUGUUUCACCCCACAUGUUCAUGAGAGGCUUUGGCAUCCUUUAUGCGCUGCUGUUAGUGCCUGUAAAGAGAAUAAUCCCCCUGGCAGACCGGCAGAACCCCUUGUGCUGCAUUGAGCACCUAUAGAUGUGAUGGAUCUGUGCACAUCAGAGGGUCUGCAUGGGUGCUUUAGGGUGGGCAUAGGACAUCCCUGGCCGCUUGGAAGUAUUGUGGCUAUAGGAUUAUCGUGCUGGGCACUUGCUGGUUCCACACAACAUGUGCGGCUGGUUGGGGUACGUGCCUGCUCUGCACCCCACUCUGGGCACCAGAGGGUAGAGGACCUUCCACUGCUCAGCACAAGAUGUGGCAUCUCCUCCGGCUGUGAGUAAACAGUUGUGGAUUAUUAUUUUUUUUUAACCUUUUGGGGGUUUUGUUUGUUUUCU